AUGGUUGAGGUCUCGGGUAUGAUGGAGCUAAUUUUUGGUAUGGUUACUCGUGAUAGCAAUUUUAGUGCUGAUGGAGCUUUCGAUAACCGACGAGCAAGGAGGUGUAAGGGUAAGAGGUCCGGUGGUUUUGAGUCGUUGCAAGUGAGCAUGUGGGGUGAGGUUAUGUUUGUGGCUUAUGGGGUUUUGAAUGGUGGCAAUGUAUGGGUCUAUUAUUGUUUGGAAGAGCUUUGGUAG